AUGUUCAAUAACACGACGCAACGGCUGGUGAAUCUGCCGCGCCCUUUGCCCAAGCCCGAGGCAGACUUACCGCGUGGGGAGUGCCGCUUCAUCCAGCGCGAACGCGACGCGCAGACCGGCUCACGGCAGAGAUGCGUUUGUCAGGGCUUCAGCCUCGACAAGCAGCAGGUGGUUGGCACGGGAUGUGAGUGCGGCCAUCCGGCAUGGGUCCACGUCCAGCAGCCCAUGGCCGCCGUCACAUAUGAAGAGCAUGUUGCUUUGGCAGAAGAGAUGCGGCGGUUCAAGCAAGAGCAGGAUACGAGGCUCAAGAGCUUGCAGCUGGAACUGGUCAAGACGCAGCACGAGCUGCUCGCGCAGCGGGCACUUUAUUCCGAGCGGGAGCGAUUGUUCAAGGCCAUCGAGGCGCGCAUGUACCAGAACAUGAAGGCCAUGAAGAUGCAGUUGGACGACAAGAUGGACGGCAUGAUUGACCAGCAACACGCCUUUCAGAAGAAGCUCAUCGACGUCGAGGAUGCCACGAUGGAGCACGAGAUCCAUUUCGAAAAGCUCGGGAUUCCGGACAAAGAGCCCCCGAGCACGCUCUCCGCGGUUGCGGCGGCUCCGGCCGUUGUGUCAGCAGCUCGGUCAGCAACGGACGGCCAUGUCAUGCAUAUAGCGGCAGCAAACACGCGGGUUCGCAGCCCGGAAAAGCGCCCCCAGCCCUGGGGCGCGCGCGUCAUCAUGGUGCCGCACCGGAUGCAACGCUUCGCGUUUGAGAGCAGCAGCAAAGCGUCCAAGCGAUGCCAGUCGCGCAAUCUCCACCAGGACGUCAGCUUCCCAAACACGGACAACGCGACCUUUAUCGUGCACAUCGACAAUGCCUUCAACCACGCCCUCAAAGGCCGCCCCUGGAUCCCGCUCGUGGCCACUCGUCCCCCGGACGACCCCCUCGCCCGCUUGGCCCUCAGGCCCCUGCCUGCUGACCUCGCCUCCCCUGCCCUCUGGGACCUCGCCUUCCUUCGCCGCCACUGCUUCGCGCUCGACGAGGCCCUCGGCGCCGAGGUGCUGUACAUAGCGCUGCGCGACGCGGACCUGAGCUGGGACGAGAUGCGCGCGCUCCCACCUUCAUUAAACACAACAGCAGCAGACGAAGAGAGCGCAUGGGCUCACGACGUCGAGCUCGAC